AUGUCCUCUUCACAGACCCCUUCAGGAAGGACAGAUGCAAAGAAAAGCGAGGGUGAUCGACCAUUUAAAACCACUGAGAAUUCAGACGUAUCUUAUUACAUUCCUAAAGACAAAUGGGGUGAUCCAGUGAGUGUUCAGCAUAGUGAACAACAACAAUCCCAACCUAUGACGGAUAAAUCGAAUGACAAAACUUUGGAGGACAGAAAGAAGGCUUGUACAGACUAUAUGACCAGUUCCGGUUUUCAGGGCUAUCAACAAACCUGCUCAAUUUGUCGACGUGUGUAUGGUUCAGUUUCCAUUGGUAUUCAUCUGAGAGCGUGUCAGGCACUUAGCGAUCUGCGUAGCAGUCAGCUUGCUGCUCAAUUGGCAUGGAAAAAUAAAAUGAGUCAAAGACCAGCACAUCCACCCGGAACCAUUUGUUACAUCUGUGGUCGUCGGUAUACGAACGCUUCUUGGAAUCUUCAUGUGAGACGGUGUCAACAGAAAUGGGAACUGUGGAAUUCACUCUUGCCUAAAGACAAGCAGCGCAGAUUUCCUCCAGUCAAUCCCGAACCAAAUGAAGAAGAGCUCCAAAGACGAGUGAACAAGGCACACGAGAGAGGCUUAACCUAUUAUUUACAAGAAGAUGCUCUGGACGAGAUCAUGUUGGAAGAAAGUGAAAAGAAUCGCUUACCUUUAGAUUUACUACGUUGA